CGAUUCGGCAUCCUUCGAUAGAAUCGCCUUGACGAGAGAGGAAGAAACGGUGGAGCGACAGAGAUGAGACUUUUAACGCACAACAUGCUCUCCUGCAACAUAAAGGGCGUGACGAACGGUUACCCGCUGCGGCUUGAAGCGGAGAAAUGGACCGAGAAGGAGGUUGACUUCAACGCCAAGUUCCUCCGAGGCAUCUUCCCCAAGAUCGAUUGGCCUGCCCUCGUCGGCUCUGCCCGCUCCCUCGGCUUCAACGAUCUUCUUCCUGAUGAAGCCCCCGACUCGUCCUUGCUCGCUUCUGACGACGACUUGCUCCGACGAUUCCACCACGCGCUUCUCGAGAUCCACGUCGAGGAGGGCGGCCUCGUCUGCCCGGAGACUGGCCGGCGAUUCCCCAUUAACAAGGGAAUCCCCAACUUGCUUCUUCACGAGGACGAGGUUUAGGUCUGAUUCAUCGUUACUGUUUUUGUUUCACGGUUUUAUGGUUUCUGUGUUAAGUACGAGGUUUUUUCUUUUUUUUUGCGUUUGAUUGAUGUGGAGUUAUAUUUGUUAUUACCAUAUUUAUCGGAUUGUCAAUGAAGCUGCUGUUAGUUUAAUUCA